AUGGCUUUUUAUCUCGUCAUUUUUUGCUGCGUUUUUGCUGCCCUGGGGUCAUUCCUUUUCGGCUAUGACUCCGGUGUGAUUUCUUCUAGUAUUGAGCAAGAUGCCUUUCUGCGCCGAUUCGGGUCCCCGGACGUGUCUGAUGCCGCUGCUGGUGGAAUCAUCUCUUCUUAUACCGGAGGCGCGAUCGUAGGGUCGGUCCUCGCCCCGUACAUUUCUGACCACUAUGGCCGCCGAAUGGUGAUAUUUCUCGGCGGGCUUCUUGCCACCCUUGGUGCUGCCCUUCAAGGAGGUGCAGUUACUAUCGCAAUGCUUAUCGCGGGUCGGUUCAUCGCGGGGUUGGCAAUUGGCCAAAUGUCUGCCACUAUUCCUGUCUACUGCAGCGAGGUUGCUCCGCCACAAAUUAGAGGCAUGCUGGCGAGUAUGCAGCAGUGGAUGAUUGGCUUGGGAAUCAUGGUUGCUCAAUGGACGGGAUACGGGUGCUCCCUCCGCGGUGGAACUUUCUCCUGGCGCUUCCCACUCUCUUUCCAAGUCGUCCCAGCUCUCAUCCUCACCUGCGGCGUCUGGUUCCUCCCCGAAUCACCGCGCUGGCUCAUCGAAAAGGGGAGAGAAGCUGAAGGUCGAUCCGUUCUCGCCCGCCUCCACCUCAACCGAAGCGCAACAAACAGCCAGCUCCUCGAAGGCGAACUCUGCCAAAUACACGAUAGUCUAGCAUACGAAAACCAAUCCACAGCACGAUCCUGGCGCCAGAUCCUCCAAUCACCAAGCUGGCGACGCAGACUCCUUCUAGCCUGCGGCCUGCAGGCAUUCACGCAGUGCUCCGGCACGAACGUAAUCCAAAACUACGGCCCACGUAUCUACAAAUCCCUUGGUCUAUCGACGUCCACCUCGCUGAUGAUAAUCGGCGUCUGGGGUGCGCUAGCGGUCUUCUGGAACACGCUUUUCAUGUUUUUCAUCGACAAAGUCGGGCGCCGCAAACUACUCAUCCCGUCACUGCUCGGCAUGGGAGCUGCUAUGUGCGUCGAGGCCACGCUCGCCCGGUACAUUAAUUUCGACGAUCCACACGCCAACCCGGCUGCGCUGCGCGCUGCCAUUGCGAUGUUUUUCGUCUUCUCGCUUUUCUUCACGGCUCUCGGCAUGAUCUCCUGGAUCUACCAGUCUGAGAUCUUCCCGACGCCUAUUCGCGCGCGCGGCUCGUCGGUGGCAACGGCCACAAACUGGAGCCUCAACCUGAUAUUUGCGCAGUGCUCGCCCAUUGCUCUUACAAGUAUCGGGUACAAGUAUUUCUAUUGCUUUGUGGCCUUCAAUUGGGUUGGUAUGGUUCUUGUUUGGGUCUUUUACCCGGAGACCGCGGGUCGUUCUCUUGAGGAGGUUGAGGAAGUCUUCACUGGCCAAUUGAUGGGAGAGCAGGAACCCUCUUCUGUCGCCGAGACUAAUGUCAUCGGUACUCCACGCUCACAAAUUCGACGAAAGGGGCUACAUCCAUUGUCUAUGCAUCCUACUUACGAUACUGCUAGUAUCGAGAGUGGCCAUAGUGUGUCUGAAAAGGGCAUUCACGUCAAAGAGAUUUGA